AUGGGUGUAAUCGUACUGUUAACAUUGUCGCUAUUAGCGUCCGUCGACUCAGAAGCUGUUCCGAAGCAUCUUCGAGACAAAUUACGACGGGCUAAAAGUUUUUUGGAAUUCGCUGAAAAUGUUGAAAUCAUCUACCAUCCAGUCUACACGAAUCAUCACCUUCAGAAGACGUACGCAACAGAAGGACCCCGUCAACCAGUGAGAAUCAAAGCAGCAAAUUUCCUGAAAACAUCGGCAACUCGUCUUCGCAACAUGGCCGUUGAAGAAGCGCCCACCACAAGUAACAGCAUGGACGUGGACACCGCCGAACAUCUGAGUCUGUUCAGCUCCAUCAGACAAGGGAACGACACGUGCCAGCUGCAGUCUGUUUGUGUACCGAUUCCGCUUGACAAUGGCGAUCCACAAGUUGUUAUUUAUCCAAAGUGCUACGAGAACGUUUCUACCGCCAUCAGUGUGUGUAUCAGUCAUCUGCGAGGUUAUUGCUUCUUACCAUCGGGUGGUCAUGGCCGCUACUAUCCUCACCUUAUUGGCACCACUACAUUUUACUUCACUUCCGUUGCUAUGCACAUCCUUCAGGUCAUGCAAUGUGUUGGAUCUUGCUGUGACUCGUUCGAACGUUGCCAUCCUCAUAGUAUUCGGAAAUUGGAGAGGCCCGUAGUAGAGAUGCUUUACGUGGGAAAUGGCCGUUUCAUGCUUAAUCAAACACUAAACAUUACUAUGGAGGAACACACCUCAUGCUCCUGCUACGACUGUGGAUUGGAUGUUCCGGAAUGUCCUCCAGGAUUUGUGAUCGGUUCCGAUUGUAAGUGUCAAUGUGCGAACAAGAGCGAUCGUCACAGUUGUCAAGGUUAUCGAGAAUGGGAUGACGAGAAGUGCAGGUGUGUAUGCGAGUCAAUUUCCUGUCCGAACGACCAGAUGUUUGACGAGGACCUUUGCGAUUGCGUGCACAGAAGAAUAGGCGGCAAAGCUCGUCUUGCCGAAAUCAUCGACACUUCCACCGCCGUCGAUCUCUCAUCGCUUCCGAGGCUAAAAGCGAAAGUUGUACGUCAUGAUCCUGGAAUUUUCAACCAAUAG